AUGAUAGAUUCCGUUAAUGUCCCUGAAGUCUUACCAAGUAGUAUCCCUGUACCUUCAGCAGUGAUCAGCUCUGCUUCGUACCUAUGGUUCUAUUUCAUUACUUUCUUCAAAUUGAUUCCCGGUGCUCAUUAUGUGAUAGAUUACGUUGAAAAAUCUCAUCAAGAUGAUCCAUAUAGAACGUUCGUUGAAGUUCUCUUGAUCCUUUACAGUAUCGUUUACUUCUUGAGCAAGCCUAAGAAGAAAGGUGCUGUGGAUCAACCAAAGUUGAGUGAGAAAGAGAUCGAUAACUUGAUUGAAGAAUGGGAACCGGAACCGAUCGUGGUGCCAGAUGAAAGAAACGAGUGGAGAUUGGCAAAGAUCCCGGUAAUCGAGGGUUCUGGUGCUGAUAACGUUAUCAAUAUCACUCGUGAUAACGGUAAAGAGGCGUAUGCAUCCGCGUUCAAUUUGUGUUCAUUCAAUUUCUUACAGCUUUCAAAACACCCAAGAGUCGUUGAGAUCGCAAAGGAAAUUAUCAAAAAUUACGGUGUUGGUUCUUGUGGGCCUGCAGGGUUCUACGGUAACGAAGACGUUCAUUAUAAUUUGGAAUACGAUUUAGCAUCGUUCUUUGGUACCGAAAACUCGGUUCUCUACGGUCAGGAUUUCUGUGUAUCAUCAAGUGUCAUCCCAGCUUUCACAAAGCGUGGCGAUGUCAUUGUUGCCGACGAUAAGAUCUCUGUCAGUUCCCAAAACGCAUUGCAAUUGAGUAGAUCUACAGUUUAUUACUACAAACACAACGACAUGGCAUCUUUGGAGAACUUAUUGCAUGAAUUGGACGAAGCUGAGAAGAAAGAGAAGUUACCUGCGAUCCCACGUAAAUUCAUCGUCACCGAAGGGAUCUUCCAUCGUACCGGUGAAAUUGCUCCGCUACCAGAGUUAGUCCAAUUGAAGAGGAAAUACAAAUACAGAUUAUUUAUCGAUGAAACUUUCUCCAUCGGUGUUCUAGGUGCCACUGGUCGUGGUCUAACCGAGUAUUACAACAUCAACCGUGCCACCAGUAUCGACAUCACCGUAGGAUCCCUUGCCACUGCCAUCGGGUCCUCCGGUGGGUUCGUCCUGGGAGACAACGUCAUGGUGCGUCACCAACGUAUCGGUUCCAAUGCAUACUGUUUCUCUGCAUCAUUACCCCCAUACGCAGUGAGAACAGCCUCCACUGUACUACAGAUGAUGGACGAGGACAAUUCAUCAGUGACAAAAUUACGCUAUUUAUCGAACAAAUUGCAUGAAUGGUUCCAAACAGACACAGAAUUGCUAAGAUACAUCGAGGUAACAUCGCAUCGGGACUCAAGCGUACUCCAUUUCCAACUCACCGACGCUCAACGUCAACAGAAAUUCGGAUCCUCCAUUGAAUCCGUCUUCCAAGAAUCCCAAUACCAACAACAACACUGUAUCUCAGACCAUUUCGUGGAAUCUUGGGAAAAGGAAGAAAUAUUCUUACAAGCCAUAGUCGACACCGUACUAAUCGACGGAAACAUCUUGAUCUCAAGAGAUACCAUCGUUCUAAAACAAGAAACCUUACCAGUCACACCAAACAUCAGCAUAUGCUGUAAUUCUUCCAUGGAAGAAUCACAACUACUCGAUGCAUACAACGUCAUCAGAAUAGCAAUCAUCAAGCAUUGUUCCGAAGCAUGA